AUAAAUAGCUAGGAUUAACAGCUGUUAAUUACAUGUAGUUAGAUCUCUAAAUAGUAACAACGAAAAGUUCAUGUUUUUCGUGUCUACUUUCGGUUUCGUUUUUACAAAAUGGAAUUUUAUCAUAAGGCUUAUUUAGUUUUUCUAGUCUUAUGUCAUAUCACGUGCACAAUAUCUGAAGAAGUAACUGCCGACCAAACCUGUUCAACUGACGGGGAAUGCAUGGAGAAAACUGACAUGUAUUCGCGCAUUGUGCCGACGGAGCUCCCGGCAGAGACGCAGGAAGUUCUGCACACGAUCGCCACUCUGGAAAUGUACAGAGCGCAGAGAGAAGUUGCCAACUACCUGGAGCUCGCCUAUCUACAACUUGCUGACCACCCGGAACAAGCAAAAGAGGUGCGACUGACGGCACACUCAGCUCGAACCCAACACCUGAUGACGUCGGGGUUGAUGAAGAAGUUCACAGUGACAGCAGCCCAUAUUGUCAAUACCAUGAUACCCAUGAUCCUCGACGCCGUCGUUGAGCUCCAGAGUGCAGCAGUUGUAAAGGAAAUAUUUGGUCAGAUCAUCAAAACUGCAGAAGAAAUGAAAACCGAAACCGAGGCUACCCAGCAACGAUAUAUGGAAAUUCAGACCGAAGUUCAGAAGAAUAUGGCGAGUGUUACCAGUAGGAAUAAAGAGGUAGUUAGCGAGAAGGAAAGAAUCCGUGUAGAAAUGGAACGUGAAAAACAACUGGCGAAAGCGGCUAAACUGGCCCAGGAGGAACUGGAUGAAGAAAAACAGAAAAUGGAGGAAGAGUUGACGGUUCUAAAGUCAAACAGAGAUAAGUGGAUGGAACAAGCAGGACAUGCUGGUAGAAGUAUGGGCGAGGAGAAGACAGUGUUUGAUUCCGUUCUGUCACCAGGCGCGGCACUUGGCGGGGGUAUUGGCGGGGUAGCAGUGGGUCUGAUAUCCGCAGGCGUCAAUUUUUUCACUGGAUUAUUUCGUUCAGACAAGCGUCAGAAACACUUUCAUAAACUGAUGGAUGCAUAUAGAGAAAGCCAGAACAGUGUGGAACGUGUUAUGGGUCAAAAACGAGAUGUAAUUGGUCGAAUGCACGAACAGCGCAAGGAAGCCCUGGAACGAUUGUCAACACUCAAGAAACUUGGAAUGGAAACAGCUAAUCUUGGAAACGUUGAAAGUUUGAGAGAAGCCCAUGCGCAGCUUGGAAAUGUUGACAGACAAUUCACACGAAUAAUCGAAUUCUGGUCCAAUAUGGCUGCUGCCCUGAAAGCUUUGCGGGACGAAUCGACUUCUGGAAGUGUUUACCUUUCUCAAAUAGAGAAUCCUAAACAUGCGGAGAGAUUUAAAGCGUCUAUUGGCCGAGCUGAAAAGGGUUGGAAGUUUUUUGGACGUAUCUGCAGUGAUUACGUACAAGAGAGUGACACGGAAAUCUACACGCUAUAUAACUUCCUGUCGGCUCCAAUAGACAGCAUGGCUGCCAGCGCACGCGCACAAAGACAACAGGAAGUGUUGCUUGCAAUCGAAGCAGAUAUAGAAAAUACAUAUCCUGAUCCGAAAUAAAUUGGUUGAGACAACAGAUUGAAUGAGACACAUUUGAUUUAUCAUGUUAUGGCAUUUAAUGGCACAUACAACAAAUCUACUUUAAGGGAUACGCAUUGAUUCAGAAAGAGCAACACGUAUAGACUAAGAAAAUGUAAACGGCAAAAUUGUACCGGUCACUAUAAUUAAUCAGAAGUCUUAGGAAAAAAAAUAUUUGAAAACGUUAUCAAUACAAUACAAAUAUAUUGUAUUGUAUGUACAUGGCGUGUAACAUAAGCGAAAUUUGACUCGUACUACGUCAUUAGUUUUCUUGUAUGUUUUUUUUCACUCCAUUAUAAAUAUUCAUUGCUUCUAUUUCCUGCUUUGUGUAUUUGCGCGUAUUUUAAGGCCAGGUUGGCCUACAUGAUAUUUUGAUGAUAUUCAUGUAUUGUAAAAGCAAUGAUUAUGAAUUGUAUGCCUAUUGUUGUUAAGUUAAUUGUUGUAGGUUAAGUUUUCACUCUUGUUAUUUAUGUAUACAAUAUUUAACCUUUACCUUGCUAAAUUUCUAAAAUGAAAAGGUCCAUCAUUUAAUUUGGGCAGUACCACAUAUUAUUCAAAGGGGGGUUCACUGAAAAGGUAUUGGCUGAACAGUGCCUGCACUGUUCGCAAAGGCAGAAUCACUUGCCGCCAGCAGGCUAAAUGUUAAUAGUAAGUGUUGCUUUUGCAAAUUUUUAACAUGCAUUUGACUGAAAUGAAAAAAAAAAUAUUGGUUGUCCAUACGAAAAGAACUAAGCAUUUUUCCAGAAGACAGUUGCUAGGUAAUUAGUAAAUCAAAUCGAUAAAUUUGAUUUGAGAUCUGUCUGUUUCUAAAUAUCACUGGAAUAAGAAGAAUGAAUUUCUGUAAAUAAUGUACUAAAUACCAUGUUGUGCAUUUUAACUUUGACGACUGGUUAUUUGAGGCUUGCAUGUGUAUUUAUAAUUUAAUGUAAUAAGUGUUGCCUUAUUAUCAUUUAACUGUUUAUUAUUGUACAACGCCACCAGAUAUGUUUUAUAUGUAGAAGUAGGCGUUUAAGUAAAUAAACAAGUUUCAAGUUUCAAGUAAAGUUAUACCUUAAAAGUAUAGCACUUAUACAGUAACACUUUAUAGAUAUUAACUUGUGAAAGUUUAGAAAUUAUCAUUUUUGCAAUAAACACAUUUAGUUGUAAAUCUUUUAUGUAUUAGAUAAUUCAUUAUUACAUUUUUAUUUUUGUCUGUAAUGUUUUCUACACUAGUAUGUUUUUACACAUGUUCAUAUCUGUUUGUUUUGAUGUUUUGGGUUAAACGCCAUGCAUAUUGCCAAUGAUAUUAUAACCUCUGCAAAUUCUACUCUACCAAAAGCAAAAUUUAAUAAACACGCGAAACCUUACUGGUCAGAAGCUCACGAUAAACAAAGGUUAGCACGUCGUGUCUGGCUUGCUGAAGGUCGACCGAGGUGUCACUCUCAUGCAUCUUUUAAAAAUUACAAGUUGUGAGAGAGAACGAUUAUAAAUAUUCAAAAGAAAGCCGUAGAAAAUGUAGAAAUGCAAUUUGUUGAAUAGUUAAAAAUAAUAAUGGUAAGAAGACCUCGACCAGUUUUCGACCAGUUUGGUCGAAAAAUACAGUAGACCAACUGUCGUAUUCGGCAAAAUAUCAAAUUCGACUAAAUAUCGUAUUCGGCAAAUUGUCGUAUUCGGCGGUGUCUUUCGACGAAUUGUCGUGGAAGCGACAUGCUCACAGUAAGAGAAAGAUGAUGGCUUGUCUCUAGACCCAGAAGUCAUAACAAUCAAUUUUGUAAGGCCUUUUCCAUACAAAGUCUGAGUAUUAAGUGCAAAAUUUCCAGUAUUAUUAAAAGUGACACCUAAAUAAUUAAAAUCAUUGACAGUUUCAAGCACACAUAAAUCAUUUCCAUAAAACCAGGUUUCUCCAUUGCUUAAACCACCUCGUUUCCUAAAAACGACACACUUGGUUUUAGCAACAUUCACUUCGAGGCCCCAUGUAUCGCAAUAAUCGUACAAGUGAUAUUUACGCAUCAACUGGGUUUGUAGCUAAAAUUAUCAUACUGUCAGCGAAUAAUUAAAUGAUACAUACAUAGUUCAUCUAUACAGAGUCCACUCUGUAUUAUAAAGGCAACUCUAGAUCUUCUAAGAACAUAGGGAGAAAUUAUCUUCCCUUGACGUUAUCCGAUUGCUAUAUCAAAGAAAUCAGAAUAAUUGUUACUACCACCUGCGCGGACACAUAACUUCACUGAUUGAUACGUACUUCUAAUAAUGCGUAAUAUUUUCCAAUUUAGGCCCAUUUUAUACAGCUUAUACCACAGUGCAUUUCUAUGAAUGGAAUCAAAACAACGUUUCAUAUCAAUAAAACAACAAUACAAACAUUUGUUUUUGUUAAUAAAUUUCUUUAUCAGUGAGUUUAAAAUAAAUACAGCCUCUAUAGUUGAUCGACCUUUCCUAAAACCCAACUGUGCAUCAGAUAUGAUAUUGUAUAAUGUAUUGUUAUCCUCAGACCACUUGCAAGAGCAUUUAAUGAUGCAAAUAAUUUCCUUAAAUUGCUUAGCAGGGUAAUACCUCUGUAAUUGUUAACCCUAUAUUUAUCUCCCUUUUUAUGUAAAGGAAUAAUAAUACCUUUUGUCCAUGCUUCAGGAAGCAACCCGUAUUCAAAAUCUUAUUAAACAAUACAUUUACAGUUAUAUAUCCAGCUAAAAUAUCACGUGCUUCGAUAAAAUAUUCAUUUAACAACUGGGCCCAGUUGUUCGAAACUUUAACCGGCUGUUAAAAUAACCGUCGGUUAAAUUUUGAUUCAAAGUACUAUUCUUGGUGAGAAACACUAGUAUGAUGUUUUGAUUUUAUUGUAUAGAUAUUUCGGUGCUCAUUAUUUUUAACUCAUACAUUUGUUUUUCUAAGUCUUCUGAAAUGUCGAAAAAUAACCCUAAAAGUUAAUCAACUGUUAGCUUAAUCGCCAGUUAAAGUUUCGAACAGCUGUUUUGUGUUUGCUUAACCGUUUGAUUGCAUUGCAUACUUCUGAAUAAGAUAUUUGUGCGUCUAGUUCCGCGUACACAGGAAUAUCAUUGUUAAAAUCAUGUGUAUCAUUGAACUCUUUAGCCUCAUCAUGCAUAUCAGUAUUUACAUUUGAAAACAUUUCUUCAAAAUAUGAUUUAAACUCAUCGAGAGGAAUAUCACUUGCGCUUCCAGACUGAUAAUUUUUUUAGUAUCUUCAAAAUCGCAAAGUUUACAUUUUUAAGACUUUCAAAAUCUUUAGUUUGUUUAAACCUGUAAGAUCUACUUUUCUUAAGAUUCUUAUAUAUUUUUUACGUCUACUCAGUUCUAUUCACUGUGUACUAUUAAAUAUCAAUAAAGCGUUUUUGUAUGAUCUUUUGCAGUUUUACGAUCUACAUCAAACCAUUUGCUACUAUCAUCUACGCUAGCGUUAUUGAAUUGAUGUCUUUUAUAAAUAACUCUCCGAAAAAGUGGGUUUGCAGCGUCUCGAAUAAUGUUUGUAAAAUCAUCAACAAUGCCGUUGAUGGACGCCUGAUCAUCGCCUAUUCCUUCUAGCAAAUUAUCAAAGUUCAACAUAUUUUCAAUCAAGGCAACACGAUAUUUUUCUUUUUCUCCAUUUAAUGAAAUCUGUUUUAUGGACACUGUUAUUACAUUCUAUCAUGCUGCUACAUAAUUUGAAAGUAAUGAGUGUAUGAUCACUGAAAGUAUUAAAGUCACAAAUGCUUUGCCAGGGACGUAUGGUAUGUAUUUCUGCGCAGACUGAUAUUUUGCAUCUGCAUCUUGUGUCUUCCAUAAUAACAUGUUCUUGAAGCAUUAUAGAUACAAUGUAAUCCAUAGUAUGUUUAGCUGUAUCAGUUUCCAACCCCAAACGUACUUCCUCCAUCAAUGUACUUCUCUUAGAGUUUACUCCCUUUACCAAGCGUCUGUUCAGUUAUUGUAAAUAACUGUGAAUAAAUAAGUAUCGCGUGUAACUUGUGCUACUGCCCGUUUUUAGGUAUUAUAUUAAUGAUUUUUGUAAGCAUCAGUCGGUUUGUUUUUACCUGAUUUUUCGCAGAAUUCAUAUAAUAAACCUCGAAAUCUAGUCACUAGCUUCGUACUCAUCCGUACUCUGUGUUCAUACUCAAAAUAAUUCGAAUGUAAAGUUGUUAUUCUUACAAUUGUGUUCCUGUUUAUCAAAUUUUUAAGUUAUAUGCAGAAUUAUGUGUAAUGUAACGUUUUUAAUAACUAAAAAUAAAAAUAAGAUGCUCAAAAAUCUUCAAAUCA